AACACGGUGAGGUGCCACGCCCCUCCUCCCUUCCCAACAAUCCCACCAAAGCAAAUCCAGGACGGCGCAGGGAUCUCUUGUUGUGCCUGUGUGCUGAGGCUGGGACUGUCACUCAUUCUCUGAUCAGCUCAUGAAAGCAGCUAGAUAGCAGCUGGACAAAAAUAAUAGAUAUAUAUAUAUAUAUUAAAAUAUUACACCGUUCCGGGGGGAUUUUUUUCCCACGUCUCCCCCCACCCUUCUUCGCUUUGCACCUGAAUCUCUCGUCUUAACCGGCCCAGGUUCCUAUUUGAAAGAGGAAAAUAUAUAUGCAAGAAAACUUCGUCUCCAUUCGGCAGAUGACAAUGCUUCAAAGCAAGGAUCUCAUCUGGACUUUGCUAUUCAUCGGGACUGCAGUCUCUCUCCAGGUGAACAUUGCUCCAAAUAAAGUGGAGGUGCCUGUUGGAGAGUCCAAAUUCUUCUUGUGUCAAGUGACUGGAGAUGCCAAAUCCAAAGACAUCUCCUGGUUUGCCCCCAACGGUGAGAAGCUGACGACAAACCAACAGCACAUCUCAGUGGUGCGGACGGAGGAUUCAUCUACUCUCACCAUCUACAAUGUCAACAUAGACGAUGCUGGCAUUUACAAAUGUGUUGUCUCCAGUGAAGAAGGCGAUGUGGAGGCCACACUCAACGUGAAGAUUUUCCAGAAGCUGACUUUCAGGAAUGCUCCCAGUCCACAAGAGUUCAAAGAAGGAGAGGAUGCAGUCAUUGUGUGUGAUGUUGUCUCCUCGCUGCCUCCCGCAGUCAUAUGGAAGCACACUGGCAGAGAUGUUGUUCUUAAAAAAGAUGUGCGGUUUGUUGUGCUGCCCAACAACUACCUACAGAUCAGAGGAAUAAAGAAAACAGAUGAGGGGAUGUACCGGUGUGAAGGAAGGAUCCUGGCUCGUGGAGAGGUUGAUUUCAGAGACAUUCAUGUCAUUGUCAAUGUGCCUCCUACUGUUCGCUCCAAGCAGAGCACUGUGAAUGCCACAGCAAAUCUCAGCCAGUCAGUCAAACUCGUGUGUGAUGCAGACGGCUUUCCAGAGCCAACCAUCAGUUGGACCAAGGAUGGGGAAUCAAUAGAAAGAGGUGAGGAUGAUGAAAAGUAUGGCUUCAGUUAUGACGGCUCAGAGCUGACUAUUCGCAAGGUGGAGAAGAACGACGAGGCAGAGUAUCUCUGCAUUGCUGAGAAUAAAGCUGGCGAGCAUGAUGCCACCAUACACCUCAAAGUCUUCGCAAAACCCAAAAUCACCUAUGUGGAGAACAAAACUGCUAUGGAACUGGAAGACCAGAUCACUCUGACCUGUGAAGCUUCUGGAGACCCCAUCCCCUCCAUCACGUGGAGGACCUCUACACGGAACAUCAGUAAUGAAGAGAAGGCUUCAUGGACCCGGCCCGAGAAACAAGAGACCCUGGAUGGGCGCAUUGUGGUGCGCAGCCAUGCGCGGGUAUCUUCUCUGACGCUGAAAGACAUUCAGUACACGGAUGCUGGGGAGUACAUCUGCAUAGCCAGCAACACCAUAGGGCAAGAUUCCCAAGCCAUGCACCUGGAAGUCCAGUAUGCCCCGAAGCUACAGGGCCCUGUUGCUGUUUACACUUGGGAAGGCAACCAGGUGAACAUCACCUGUGAGGUGUUUGCGUACCCAAGCGCUGUCAUCUCCUGGUUCCGAGAUGGGCAGCUGCUGCCAAGCUCCAACUAUAGCAACAUUAGGAUCUACAACACUCCAACUGCCAGUUACCUAGAGGUGACACCAGACUCGGAAAAUGAUUUUGGAAACUACAACUGCACAGCAGUCAACCGGAUUGGUCAGGAGUCCUCAGAGUUCAUCCUUGUACAAGCAGAUACACCAUCUGCACCUUCCAUUGAGAGAGUGGAACCCUACUCAAGCACAGCCCAAGUGGAAUUUGAUGAACCUGAGGCUACCGGCGGAGUUCCCAUCCUCCGGUACAAGGCAGAGUGGCGAGCGCGGGGAGAGGAAGACUGGCACUCCAGGAUGUACGAUGCUAAGGAAGCCAACAUGGAGGGUGUGUUCACUGUGAUGGGCUUGAAGCCAGAGACAAGGUAUGCCAUCCGACUGACUGCCAUCAAUGGCAAAGGCGCAGGCGAAAUCAGUUCUCCCUCCGAGUUCAAGACACAGCCAGUUCGCACUCCACCGCCACGUGAGCCCAGCGCACCCAAGCUGGAAGGCCAGAUGGGAGAAGAUGGAAACUCCUUUAAAGUGAAUCUCAUCAAGCAAGAUGAUGGAGGCUCCCCCAUUCGGCACUAUCUCAUCAAAUACAGAGUUAAGCAUUCCGCUGAAUGGAAACCUGAGAUGCGUCUUCCUUCAAGCAGUGACCAUGUCAUACUCAAGGCUCUGGACUGGAAUGCUGAAUACGAGGUCUAUGUGAUUGCGGAGAACCAGCAAGGGAAAUCCAAGCCUGCGCAUUAUGCCUUCAGGACUUCAGCGCAGCCAACCAUCAUCCCAGCUAGCACAAGCCCUACUGCAGGACUGGGCACUGCUGCCAUUGUGGGCAUCCUCAUUGUGGUCUUUGUCCUCCUGCUGGUGGCUGUGGAUGUCACCUGCUACUUCUUGAACAAGUGUGGCCUCCUGAUGUGCAUCGCAGUCAACCUGUGUGGCAAAUCCGGUCCUGGGGCAAAAGGCAAGGACAUGGAAGAGGGCAAGGCUGCCUUCUCGAAAGAUGAAUCAAAAGAGCCCAUUGUGGAAGUGCGGACAGAGGAGGAACGGACCCCGAACCACGACGGAGGGAAACACACAGAACCUAAUGAAACCACGCCGCUAACGGAGCCAGAGCACCCUGCCGACACCACGGCAGCCACUGAGGAUAUGAUGCCGUCUGUCACCACAGUCACCACUAACUCUGACACUAUCACUGAAACCUUUGCCACCGCUCAGAAUAGCCCCACCAGUGAGACUACCACCCUCACCUCCAGCAUCACUCUGCCGGCCACGCCCAUGCCCGACUCCAAUUCCGUGGCUCCCAAUCAGGGGACGCCUUCGAAAGCGGCCUCGGCAUCUUCGCCCCCACCCACCUCCACGCCUAAAGUGGCUCCCCUGGUUGACCUCAGCGACACUCCUACUUCAGCCCCGGCCACUGGCAACUUGUCGUCCGGCGUCCUGACCAACCAAGGGGCAGUGCUGAGCCCUAGCUCCACCACAAAAGCACCCGAGGCUCCCAAGGGCCCUGCUGCUGCUGCCAGCAAAUCCCCUGCCCCACAGCCCCCAAACCCCGCUAGCUCUCCAGCCUCUUCAGAGCCAAAGCAGGAGGCCUCCAGCGCCAAAAGUCCAGAAAAGGAAGCCACGCAGCCCAGCGCGGCGAAGACUCCGACAGAGGCGGCCAAGAAUGCCGUGAACCAGAAAGGCGAGGCUGCCACGGGGGGCACCACAAAUGCUACUCAGAAUGAGGACUUUAAAAUGGACGAAGGGACCUUCAAGACCCCAGACAUUGAUCUUGCCAAGGAUGUUUUUGCUGCCUUGGGCACGGCGGCUCCUGCCACUGCACCUGCAGGCCAAGCAGCUUCCUCCGGCCCGGAGAGUUCUGCAUCGGCAGCGCCUGCAAAGACAGAGAAAACCCCCGUAGAUGAAAAGUCUGCAAUUCAAGCCACAGAAGCCAAGACAGCCCCCGCAGCAGAAGUCAAGACGGUACCCAAUGAAGCCACACAAACAAAUGAAAACGAGAGCAAAGCAUGAUGGGCAACUGAGCCGAAACAAAACAAAACAAAAAAAUUUAAAAAAUUGACAGAACAAACAACUUCACCUGAGCAUUUAAAACACACAACACACAUCUCAUCCCUCUAAUGUCUUUGCCUUUUUUAAAAAGAAAACAGACAAAAAAAAUGCAUACAAUGGGGGAAUUGUGGUGGGUUUUUUUUUUUUUUUUAGGUUUGUAGGAAGAAUUUUAUUUUAUGUGCACUUGCUUUUAAGAAACGAAAUGUUUUACUUCUUCGUCUUCUACAAGGAUAAGCCCAUAACCCCACUAGGAUACCAGGGCCCUUGCGAAAUAUCCAUGCAGAGUUAACAAAACAAAAAACCCAACUGCAGCAUGUUUAGGAGAUUCAGAACAGAAUUAGGAAGCCAGACUUGGCUCUGCCAGGCUGAGCAGACUGGGGUGGCCAGUCGCAGAUCGUUUAUUUUUAUACUUUUCAGCCGAGUUGAGAAAAACCUGUAAACUCUUUGAAGUAAGUUAUCUCCUCCCCAUUUUAUUUUUUAUUUGGUUCACUUUGAAUUCGUCCUGUACGCAAAGUGUGUUUGCCCUUCCUGACUGAAUUCUGUUCUCCUUUCUAAAGGGGCAAUCCCCCAUCAGCGCCUGUUGCGCAGAGCCCUCUGGAACAAACGGGAAGUGUGCAGGGUACCCGUGGAUGUUCAUUUAAAUGGGGCUUGCGUGGAAGACGUUUUUGGCCGAUUGCGCCCCCUUUUGGUACAGGUGAUAAUUCCAAUAUGUUUCAUUUUAGGAAGAAUGUCUUUGGGCAGUUUUGGAGUUUAUCUUUCAAAGUGCAGUAUUCCUUGUUUUGUUUUUUGUUUAAUUUGGUUUUGCCAACUUUAUUUUCUUCCAGUGUUUACAGUCGACAAAACGUUUUUUAAAACUUUUGUUGUGUUUAAAUGUCUAUGUAAAAUAGCUGCCUUUUUUUAAAGAGAGAUUGCGAGAGAGAGAGAGAGAGACUGAGAGAGAGAGAAAGUAAAAACAGGCUAUAUAGAUAGUAGGUUGAUCAGCAUGCUUGCUUUGCAAAGGGAGACAUUUUGAAAUAAUGGAUGUUUACAGUAGGUGUUUCCCCUUUUGUCUUUUCUUUCUUUUUUAAUUAUUAUCAUUUUUUUAUUUCUUACCGGAGUAAGAAAAAUAAGCAAACCCUUACCCUUUUCCUCCGUUUUAUACAAAUGGGCCACGUAAAGUCCAAUCAGUGUCCUGCUUCAGGGUACCCUACUGAUGAGCAUGAGUUUAACUUUAAGUGUGUGAAUAGAGGAGUGAAGUUCUGAAAAGCAUCAGCACAAUAUCUGCAAUUUAGGACACUGGGAAAGGUGGCUUUGUUGGUGCACGGUCCAAGUAUAGCUGGUUAGGGUGUAAGAAGUGUAAGUCAUUCCAUCUUCAAGAAUGAAUAUCUUGUGCUGCAAACCUGAGUCUCAAAAAUGCUUCCUCUCAAAUGAAUAGGUUAGAAUUUGCUUUUGAUGGAAAUCAUAUUUCCAGGGUGUUUUUAGGACCAGGCUGCUGGGCCACGAUGGUUCAGCUCCAGGCAGCUCCAAAUCUCUCACUAGGAUCAAAUCUCAAGGUCAGAAUGGUUCCCCAUUUGCUUUGAUUGGCUGAAGAUUUGAUAGGUUCAUGGCUCCUCCUCUGCUUUGAUUGGCUUAGUCCAAUUUGACAGGGUCCACCCCAGUUCCUGUCCAUGGAAUAUGAGACCUUAAAUGUCCAAAGCUUCAUUGCAUUACACAUGUGUCCAAAGGCUUAAAUGUGUAGUGCAAGAUUGGAGGAUCUAUUAUGUGCAAAGCUGUUCGCUUUUGAACACGUUACCCCUUUGAGAGAAAAGUCACUGGCUUGAACUUAAGCAGUUGCUCAGUGGUGGUGCGGAGUCAGGGUCAAAACUGAAUACAGGAAGUAAGUUAUUUUUCUUAUUCUAAGGCAUUAUCUCCCCUUUCCUCUCCAGGAAUCCCCCCCUAAGGUUAGUUAAGCCAAAGGGGAGGUUGUAUAGUUAAGGGCGGGUCUCAGAAGGUAAGUUUUAACAAUUACCCACUCUCCCUCCUUAUUUAAGAUAUAUUGCUGCAGAUAUGGCUUUCUUUCAGCCUACACAAUGUUUAAAAUGUAGUGAAGCUCACCACUUAUGGGAGUUUGGCAUAAUUUUGGAGAGGAGGCAAGGUGGAGGUAAUCUACUAAGUACCAUGGCUGUGCAAUCCUGAUUCAAAAAGCCCAUUGAAAGGAAUUCAGUUUCCAUAAUCACCCCCUGAUCCAAAGCUUCAUAUGGCUCUGACGCACUCAAAAAACUCCAUAAAAGCGGAGGGUAUCCCAUUCAGUUCAGCUGAAUGCAACAGAGGGUGUACCCUCAAGAGCUUUCAAAGAUAAUGAAAUGAUCAGGAUCCUGGUCUCUGCACAUGCAACAAAAUAUAUGGAUGGAGGCAGUCUAUUAUCCAUUUCAGGCAAAAGUCACCAAUGGUCUGCUGGAAAAGUAGGACCGCACCCCCCCCCAUCCUCCAGUUGCUGAUUCUACAAAGUUGUUAGGAAAUAUCCAAGGGUUUUUGUUGUUGUUUUUAAGAGAGAGAGAGAAAAUGCAUCAAAUAAUCUGAUCUGGGAGGUUUGAUCUGAUAUUUAAGUUGAUUUCUGAAGCACUUAAUGAUCUUCUUAACUUUUCUUGCCUGAAUAUUCGUGUUCAGCAUUAUUGCUGAAACUUGGGUCCCCCCUGUUCUAUUCAGGAUCACACCCAGAAUUUACAGAGUUCAUGCAGUGGUCUUGUGCUUAAAGUUGUGACUUCGCUGCUUUUUAAAAUAAAUAAAUGUACAAACAGGGAUGUGGGUAAAAAGGAUGUAGAGGUGAAGGAGACCAGCCCUUUGUAUAGAACCAUCUUUUUUCCAUUUUUUAAAAAAGAAUUUCAUUAGAUCUGCAAGCUUGUGCACUGUGGGUGCGUGAAUAUCUUAGUGUGAAAUGUGUUUUUUGUCAUAGUAUCAAAAAAUUUAAAAUCGGAAAGAAAGAAAACCUUCCACAUCGUUUGGGUGUGGAAGGUGUAGCGGGAAUAGUUCGGGGAGAUCAAGAAAAAAUCCAAAUGAUGAAACCCCAAUUUCAGGAUACAUAAAACGAAGAGAAUACAACUGUUCUGGACUGAAGAAAAGUAGCCUUGAAAUCAAGAUUUCCACGACCUAGUUCCCUCCAGAUAUUUUUGGGCUACAACUCCCAUCAUCCUUGUCUGGGGCUGAUGGGAAUAAAGAGCCCAAACCUUUCGGAGGCCACCAGGCUGGGAAAGGUUGCUUUAAAUAUAUAUAUAUAUAAAACCUGCAAAAUUGAAUGUGAUCUAUAGCAUUCCUUUGCGCUAAGGUCAAUGGGGGGGCAAAGGAAGGGAGGGAGGAGGUGGCAGUGGGGGGAGACUGCAGUCCGGCCUAAGCAAAAUGAAGCCACGCCUUUUGAUAUAAUAAUCUCAUGUGCGCAGUCCGUCAAUGUGGCAUCUCUCAGUUAUCAUUCCCAACUGUGAAAAACCAAGAGUCUUUGUCAUUUUGCUAAAUGUGGGGGCAGGGUGGGGGCUGCUUUCUUGUUGUUUUUGUUUUUUCUCUUCAGCUCAUGGGGGUGGAAAUGGAGGCUGCCUUUAUAUUGAUGCGCGCGCACCCAGCGCCUGUGGCGUCCGAGCCUCUGCUGUGUGCCUGGGUGGGGGACUUGUUUAUGAAGGUAUAAAGUGGGGAGGGGAACUCUAGCCCUUCGAGGAAUUUAUUUUGUUAAAGGGUGUAAAUAUACCCCCCCCCCCCGGUAAUGUUCUCACAUGGACUUUUUUCCUCCCCAGAGGGAAAUGAAUGGGCAGGGAUUUAUUGUUCGGAAGAUAGCAAGAAUGGCGUUCCUUGGUCUCUGAAGGUUGGCUGUUGUGAGGGCCUGC